AUGGCUACAACAUGUAGCACGCGAGCAUCAUCUCUGAUGUUAACCUACGCCACCUCUGCCACGCACCCACAAGAUCUCAGUCAAUCCCUUAUCUGUUUCAAGCCCAAAGCUCCGUCUUUCUACUCCUUGGCUUUGAAUUCUUGUGCGGUCGGGGAGAGAACAUCAGGCAAAUGGGUCAAUUUCGAUGCUCGCAGAGACACCAAGUUUGGAGGUUUCCGAGUGGUUGUGGCUGCUGUGGCCGCGGAGGCGGAGGUGGCUGACGGAGCGGUGGCAGAAGCUGAGGUGGCGGGAGAGGGAACUGGUGGUGUGCCCAAUGCCACUGUAGCUACUACGAAGCCCAAGACCGGAAAGGCUGCAUUGCCUUUGAAGAGAGACAGAACAAGGUCUAAAAGGUUCUUGGAAAUUCAGAAACUGAGGCAGAACAAACAGGAGUAUGAUGUAAAAACAGCAAUAUCUUUGCUGAUGCAAAUGACAAGCACAAAAUUUGUAGAAACAGCCGAAGCGCAUUUUCGGCUCAACAUUGAUCCAAAAUACAAUGAUCAACAGCUAAGGGCAACAGUAAACUUGCCUAAAGGAACUGGACAGCCAGUGAAAGUUGCUGUCCUUACACAAGGUGAGAAGUUCGACGAAGCAAAAAAUGCAGGAGCAGAUUUGGUUGGCGGGGAAGAUCUGAUAGAACAAAUCAAGGGAGGAUUCAUGGAAUUUGACAAAUUGAUAGCAUCUCCAGAUAUGAUGCCUAAGGUUGCUAGCCUUGGUAGGAUCCUGGGACCUAGAGGACUCAUGCCAAACCCCAAAGCUGGUACUGUCAGCACCAAUAUACCUCAGGCAAUAGCUGAAUUCAAGAAGGGGAAAGUGGAAUAUCGAGCAGAUAAAACCGGGAUUGUUCACAUACCAUUUGGAAAAGCAGAUUUCUCUGAAGAUGACCUCCUUGUAAACUUGGUUUCUGCUAUUAAAUCUGUAGAAGCAAACAAGCCAUCGGGUGCAAAAGGAGUGUACUGGAAGAGUGCUCACAUAUGCUCAUCCAUGGGUCCUUCCAUCAGAUUAAACAUACGGGACAUGCUUGAUUACAAGCUUCCAUCGAGUGUCUGA